UCGAACUACGCAACAAUCAUGACCGACGCAGCUCGACACCGCGGUGGUUUGGUGGUUCCAUCGGGAGGUGAUCCAUUGGCGACGGCCACCCGAAAAACAAUGGCUGCCGCAAGUUCCGUGUCUGCUUCUUCAAGUCACGCCCAAUAUCUUUCCAGGUUGAUAGACUUCAAACAAAUGGACAUACAGAGCGCACUCGACCAAAUGAAAACCCUCCUCUCGACACGACCGCACGUCGUAUACAAGACGUCAUAUUACAGAAAGCAGACCAAAAACCACUGGGCUCGAGACGACCCUGCAUUUGCUGCAUUGGAACUCAUUUUCCUUACGAUCUCGUGCAUCGCCUACGCCAUCAGCUUUCGAGUUCCAAUCAGCGAAGGGAUAGCAUUCUUUUUAUAUUCCGUCCUCUUCCACUGGUUGGGCUUCGGUCUCAUCAUUGCCACAGCAGGAAGGGAAAUGGCKAACCGACAUCUGACGGACACGAAAUCAAAUAGUCACGUCCGGCAAUCAGUGGAAUGGCUGUAUGCCUUCGAUAUUCAUUGCAAUGCAUUCUUUCCUGUCUUUGUGCUUCUCUGUAAGUUUCAAUCAUCGUGCCGCCAAYUUGUUUGCGCGAUCUCACGAAACAAACACCAAGAAGCGACGAGAUGUUUCGUCUUGGACGAACUUCGUGGCGCCGCUUGGGUCUUCGUUAUGUUCGCGUUCUGUUUARCUCAUCCGAUAUUUUCAUUCGUUCAUUCUGGUGSUUGUUCGMAAUAGAUGGUGUCCAGUUCUUUCUCUUGCCACUCGUUCUGGGAAAAUCAUUAUUUGCUCUCAUCGCUAGCAACACCCUUUACGCUGGAGCCUUUGCAUGGUAUUGGUAUAUCACACACUUGGGGUACCGAGCACUGCCUUUCUUAUCACAAACGGAAGUAUUUCUGUUUCCUAUUGCCGCCAUCGGCCUGGUCUAUGUAUUGAAUCUAGUCGGAUACCCGUUUGGAAUGGGUUGGAAUGCAUCACGAAUCAUGGCUCACAUCUACUUUGAUUAAAAUGAGAUCGAUGCAUUCUCGUGGUAUUACCGCUAUCUUUUUUUCACRGCGACGAUCCGGCACUUUCGACGAAAGCCAUGUUGCAUAGGCACUUGCUUCUUUYGCCGAUAAAGAAAAACAUGCCUUUCAUGAUGGACGAAAUAGUGUUGUGUUSUGGUCACGGACGACUUCAUAAUUGAAYCAUUUCAUAUCGAUAACGAUACGAGCAAUCCGACAAACCGCGAUAAUUUGUAUUAAACUGUUUUAUUGCAUUGUAUGAAUACUUAACUUCAGUCUAUUGAAGAAGAACAAGUCGCGAGAGACGAAGAAAUAGCCAACGAUUUACAUAAUGUGCACUUCCUCCCAACCGUCAUACWUGUCCGAAGCGCACCUUGUUUUCUCUU